ACAGCGCCUCUGCUUAGUUUACAUUGUUCUUGUGUUUUAUCGUGGUUUUAUCCUCCCUGCUGCCAGCCGCCUACUUCUAUUUGUUCCUGUGUGGACUGUGUGCCGUCGUAAAACAGGGACGAAGCACCAAGUGUCAUUUCAGAUGGCAACUUGUUUUGGCUGUAUCCGCCGGUGUUUCAACGCCGGCGGUUUCAACGCCAGCAGUUCCCAAGGAAACCGCCUACCUACGGUGGUUCUGGACAUGCUUCAUAUGGGCCAGGACGUCGUAAUCGUAAAGAAUGGACAAAGGAUCUGCGGCAGUGGUGCAGCACUAGCUAAUGCCCCUCUAGUUCAAAAUAAGUCAUAUUUUGAAGUCAAGGUACAACAGGCAGGCCUGUGGGGUCUGGGAGUGGCUACGCAAAAAACGGACCUGAACAAGGUGCCGCUUGGACAAGAUCUGGAGAGCUGUGUUCUCACUAGCGAGGGCACUGUGGUGUGUAACAAAGAAGUGCUCCACAAGCUCCAGCAGACAGUACAAGAGGGCGACGUCAUAGGCAUCACGUAUGACCACCUGGAGCUGAAUUUUUACCUGAAUGGAACAGAUUUACAUAUCCCAGUGACAGGUGUCAAAGGAGAAGUUUUUCCUGUUCUUUAUGUCGAUGAUGGAGCCAUCUUGGAUGCGGUGUUCUCUUCCUUCUUCCACACUCCACCACUAGGCUUCGAGCAAAUCAUGGUUGAACAGUCCUUACUGUGAAGAAGUCAUCUGUGUGCAGACCAUCACUGGCACAUCGUAGCACACUCGUAGUAGUGUUGCUCUAUGGAAUGGGCCUGUUGCCAUCUAUGCCUGAGUGUGCAAAGUUCUCCGCCAUUGAGCCGUCAUCACAAAGUCACUUUGUAGUCCAGCUUAUUUUUUGAUGCGUGCUAAAGCGUGUCAUGUGUUCAAGUCACAUGCUUGCAGUGUUUUACUUUUCUUUGCUGUCUUUGUUAGCAUUAACUUAAAUAGGGGCUAGUAAAAGGCACGAAUAUUGCAUGGAUACAGGCUGAAAGCAAGCUUGGUGUUCAGCAAAUGAAAAAAGCUGUUUGAAUUGGGAUGCACGAUAAAAAAACCAUAAUUAAGUUGAACGGUUUUUGUGUGAGAACAUAGAAUUUAGCCCUGCGAUUACAAGGUAUGUUGCCUUCUUUUUGGUACUACUUGCUUGUUUCAAGUCAGAUGCUGCCUACCAGGCUAUGCUGUAAGGAGCUUGGUGCGCAGGUGGAGCUUAGGAAGCUUUUUGUAUGCAUUGGACAUUCUUUUAACUUGUACAGAGACUGUUGGCCCUGUUUGGGCAUCCUGGUUUUACCAGACAAUAGACCCUUUUCCUAGUUGUUGGUCUAGCUUUAUAAAAAUAAAGAAAUUGGCCAACCUACCAGCAAAACAGAAUUAUUAAUUUGGCAAGAUAUAUGCAUAUACUGUUUCAGGGAACAUUACGUGGGCGAAAACAAAGGUCGUUAUUCAUGCUAGUUGCCACGUCCCAGCUUCCAGAACAUUUACCCUUUUUCAUUCGACCACCACUCGUUGCCGUUUUACUGUUUUGGGAAGACUCUGUCAGCAAAGACCAGCAUCAAAAGUGUUCGUCACAGCACAAGACAGCUUGGAAUGAGGCAGCGUUGUGCAACAUGCAGAGGUCAUUCCUUUUUAUGUCAUAACUUGUUGCUUAAAAGGCAGGUUACACACAUUUGCUGUCCAGCAUUCUAGUGGCGAGUGGUGAUUCACUUCAUUGACAUCGAUUUCACGACAGUGCAUUCUCCUUUAUCUGUCCUUUGGGUUUGCCCAUGGGAAGGCAUUCUUGAGUCCCUAGUCUUACUACAGCUUGUGCAACAUGUUACUCUCAAGGUUUUGCUGGUAGCCUUGAGGUUGCUCACAUUUUCCUUGUCCAGCCUGUUGCCGAGACAGGCACUGAGCUGGGCACGUCGGCCAAACGUGGUCUGUUGGCAGGAAAGUGGUCUUUGUGGCAGCAUCACUGGUGAUGAUUUGAUAAGAACGGGCUCACACUUUUCUUGCAUUUGUUGGUGCAGCUGUAGCUGUUGCUCUCCAGGCUUGCAUUCGGUGCAGGUGUGCUCCAUGCAUCCCAAUUUCAAGUCUGCAUUCUCCUCCACCAGCUCUGCCUUAUACGUGGCCCGCAUGAUAGUGGUCUAUGGUCAUGUCCUCUGUCAUCAACACAACCAUGCUGAUGCACCAUUUUGACCAGUCCUAACCAUAACAGCAGACCACACUUUACUUUCUAUGAGGCAAAGAAAAUGUGAUGAGACUUCUGUGGCAAUAUAUGCAGCCAGAGAGUAGUGAAACAUGCAAUUUUUUCUUUGUCUUUUGUUCUAGCAAUGACGACAGCCAUGAUUAGUUUGUCAAAUAUGCAAUAUGAAGGAACCUAACAAUUGGAAAGGGUCUAUUGCUUGUACAGUUUCAGCAAACAUUUGUGUACAUUGCUUGUAACAUAAUUCAAUGAUAAUUUAUACUAUAGUGUGAACAGUAUCAAGGUAUCCAAAGUGGAUGCUUGGCUGAAGACAAGACUGGCACUGUGAAUGGAUGGUGCCUGCCAUGGUUCGUGGUUGUUGUGAUUACUUACAUGCACAAAUAGAACCACUUUCCUUGUGUACACUUGCCACUCUGCAAGUCUUUGGUGUGGGCAGAAUGCUUUCAGAAAUAUUUUGUCAGAGCAGGUCAUGCCAAAUGCCAGCUAGCACUCAUUUUUAUGUUCACUGUAUACUCAUAUUGUAAGGAUAAGGGCACCAGCUAUAUAAACAGUUCUUCCGUUUGACCUGCUAGACUGUCUUGUGCUCAAAUCAGUGGCAUUUUGUUUAAUAAACCACAGUUGGAUGCAAGA